AUGAGUGAGUCUCUCCUGGCCACGCGGCGAGUCGCCUUUCGGCUCUCCCCGCGCAGCUAUCGCCAGCUAGUACCAAGAGCUCGUCAACACAGCAGAAUCGCCACGGCAGCUGUAGAACCAUCGACAACAAGCCACGACACUACGUACCCUCUCAACCCUUCCUCGCCCUCCUCACCGUCCGCAAGAUGGACAGCCCUUCGAUCCGCCAGACCCUUCUCCGACUUCCUCACCGACAGCUUCAACCGCCAACAUGACUACCUCCGCAUCAGCGUCACCGAACGCUGCAACCUCCGCUGUGUAUACUGCAUGCCUGAAGAAGGGGUCCCGCUCUCCCCACCUGCGCACCUCCUCACCACCCCGGAAAUCGUGUACCUGUCGUCGCUGUUCGUGUCGCAAGGCGUGACCAAGAUCCGGCUGACGGGCGGCGAGCCGACAGUCCGUAAGGACAUCGUUCCGCUUAUGCGGUCGAUUGGCGAGCUGCGGCGGAACGGGCUGCGGGAGUUGUGUCUGACGACGAACGGGAUCUCAUUGCAUCGGAAGCUGGAGGAUAUGGUUGAGGCGGGGCUAACGGGUGUGAAUCUCAGUCUGGACACGCUGGACCCGUUCCAGUUUCAGAUUAUGACACGGAGAAAAGGGUUUGAGGCGGUGAUGAAGAGCAUCGAGCGCAUUCUGGAGUUGAACCGGGCUGGUGCGGGGAUCACGUUGAAGAUCAACUGCGUGGUUAUGCGGGGGAUCAACGAUCGCGAGAUUCUUCCGUUUGUGGAGCUGGGGCGGGACAGUCCCAUCGAGGUGCGGUUCAUCGAGUACAUGCCCUUUGACGGGAAUAAAUGGAGCCAGGGCAAGAUGGUCUCGUACCAGGAGAUGCUGGCGAUGAUCCGGGAGAAGUACCCGUCUCUGGAGAAGGUGGUCGGGCACAAGAAUGAUACCAGCAAGACGUACCGGAUCCCUGGCUUCCAGGGCCGGGUUGGGUUUAUCACGAGUAUGACGCAUAAUUUCUGCGGCACCUGCAAUCGGCUGCGCAUCACCAGCGACGGGAACCUGAAAGUCUGCCUGUUCGGCAAUACGGAGGUGUCGCUGCGUGAUAUCAUUCGGAAGGAGAAUGAUGGUCAGCCGAUUGAUGAAACUACACUAAAAGAACUGCAGCUUCUUGAGUCUGCGGAAGCGGCCGCUCGCAUCCAGGACCAGGGCGGGGAGGUCAAUCAGAGAGAGCGAGAGCUCCUUGAUCUGAUCGGGAUGGCGGUUAAGCGCAAAAAAGCCAAGCACGCUGGCAUGGGCGAACUGAAGCAUAUGAAGAAUCGGCCGAUGAUACUUAUUGGUGGGUAG